CCAGAAUGCUUUGUCCUGUAGUCCACUUCCUGCUUUUGGAGUGGUCUCCGGUCUGCUUGGCGUUCACAUAUGCAGAGUGUCUUCAGUCAGAGGCGUCUUCAUACCGCUGUAACACAGACUUCUACAGGAGAUCCAUAAUGUCAGUUAAAGCAAAGAUUAAAUUUCUUUUGGGAUUAAAGAAGCAUUUCUGGAUUGAGAUGAGGUGUUCCUGUUUGUGUUGCCAUGGUAACGUUUCUUAUUCUCUGUUAAUCCGUGGAAACUUUUCUGUCAAAUUAGUGAAAAAACGAGAAGUUUUUAAAAUCAGUCGAUGAAGAACGAACCUGCAGAACGGAUCUGGACCACGUCGGACCCCGGGACCAGCAUUUCAGAACCCGACAGGCCUGGACCUGUUCACGCACUCACACUCACACGCACACACACACCUCUGCAUGUUUCAUGUCUGUUGGGAAUUUCCUCCUCGCGACACCCACAGCUAAUUACAAGGAAGCGCCGCUGCGUCACAGACUGACAAGGUGCAAAGUUUCAGCUCGGAGAUGAAAGCGUGGCGUUGGCGCCGGCGCCCACUCAGGCCCAGAAACACAGUUAACCCUUCGCUAACUGUGGCGCACUGCUGUUGGGUCAACGCAGCCGAUCCGCUGAUCGUCAGAACCGCUCAGUCAGCAGAAUGAAACGGAACAAAUCUUAAAGUCACAGUUCAGUUUCAGCCGAGGUGAUGCUGAGUCCGUAACCAUGACGACACAGCCUCCUGCUGUUAAUAGCGUUCUGGUUCCUGAACUCAUGUUUUUCACCGUCGAAGCUGCCUGUUUACAGAUGUGCAAUGCAUCAUGGGAUUUCAAUCUCUGGAAAGGUUCAAGCCUUCACUCCCAUCCCACUGGUGGGAUCCAUUCCUGGCCCGGUUUGGUUCUGCCAGGUCAGAGACAGAGGAAAAUGUCAAAGGUCUGAUCAGAUGAAUUUCUCCAUCUGAAUGACCUUUGACCUCUCCAGUAGAGCUGAUCUCAAUCUUUGAACCCGUUAAAGAGAGAAAGAUGAGCGCGAUGCUUCGAUUCCCGUUUAUAUCAUGCAAAAACAGAGAAAUAUGCUAAGCUAGUUUACAAAACAAAAGCGUAAAAAACUUUAAAAAUGAUUAAAAGACAAUAGAUUACGGAGCUUAAAUGAGCUGAAAUAGUGAAAGUUUGGGGUAAAUCAGUGAAGGAUCAGUGUUCGCAUCACACAGCCGAAUGCGGCAAAAUCUGACAUUUUUGCUGCGAUCUUUUCACCCAAAGAAACUCCGAUCUGUUCCACUUCCAGAUGUGGAACUAAAUCUGAGUUUUCAAAGCGUCUGCAGUCUGAACGGUUUGAUAGCAGAAAUACGAUUAUAUUUCACCAACCGUAGAUCAGUUCAUCCAGCCGAACAUGUUGGAGACAGAAAAUUCUGCCAAAGCCUGGAGGAACAUGAAGAAGGUCUCAACACAGCUAGCGAGUUAGCUAACGUUAGCAAGUUAGCUAAUGUCAGGUCAAGUUAAAGUUUAUUUCUGUAACACAUUUCCAACAGCCUCAGCACACACACAGCAUGACGGGCAGACAAACGAUAAAUAAAAUUACAUUUAGUAAAAAUAAUAAGACAAAUAUAAAAUUGGCAGACAUACCAAAAGCUAGUAGUGUGAAUGAAAUCCAAACAAUAUUGAAUUUUAGCUGCAGCAAUUUGUUUCCAUCCUUUUCUCUUUAGCUGGUGUUGAGUGGCUGAGAAAAUAGAUGACAAUAGAUGCUAGCAAGUUAGCUAAUGCUAGAAAAUCACUGAAUGCAUUUAGAUUAUUUGUUCCCCAAGAUAAAAAUAAUGCAGGAGUGUUUAUGUAAUAUCAAUCAAUAUGUUCCUUGAAUAGUAUUGUUUUAUUAUUAUUAUUUAUCAUAGUCAUUUAUUGUUUAGCAUCGUCGCAUUUUAUCCAUCUUACGUCAGAAUUCAGCAGCAGCAGAAGACAGACGGUGAAUCUAAACGUCUGAAAAUGACAAUAAUGAAGUGAUGAAAGCAGUCUGAGUCAGUGAACGCAUCACGCCCCAGCCCGCCACUCCUGGUCCGACUCCACAUCCCAACAGAACCGGGUCAGAACCCAGUCAAUGCUUCUGGUAGCUGUUAGCUUUUAUCGGCUUCCUGAUGAUCUGGUUACCAGGCACAGCUUUCAAACCAGCAGAACCUUAUUUUGGGAGCCGCGGUUCGGUUCUGGUUCUGACCUGGGCGUGAGACAAAGCUGUGCUGCAGCUUCCAGUCAGAUUUCCUCAGAAACGCAGCAGAUGCUGCUGCAUGCUGGUGUUCUGGGUUUGGAGGAGGUGAUUUGUCUUUAUUUCAGUUUUAGUUUUAUUUUUUUAGCAGAAUUUAAGCUGUUUUCUGCGUUUCUCCUGCGGAGACAGCCAACUGCAGCUGCAGCGCCGGCCUGCUGCAGCUGUCAGGUAGCUGCGGCGCGGCGUGUGAAGAGCUUCAGGCCAGGAAACCCUCAAACUGCAGCUCUCGCUCUGAUUCUAGGAACCGCGUUCAUCUGCUGCGACACGUCGAGUGGCCGACAGAACCAGGAAGAGGAAGUGGGCUUUGUUAUUGCAACAGUUGCAGGCAAAUAUCUGCAGCGGCACGGCUGGCUGUCACACAAACCGAAGGAACAGGAAGAGUUUGUUCUCACGUUUCAGUUAAACAGAGAUAACAUGAAAAUGAACAUCUGGAAGCAAACACUAAACAAAACAGCUAACAGCAGAUUCAGCUUCAGUUCAGAUUCACGUUCAGACGAACAGAACCAAGCACAGGACCAAUCAGAGCACAGGACCAAUCAGAGCAAAGGACCAAUCAGAGCACAGGACCAAUCAGAGCAAAGGACCAAUCAGAGCAAAGGACCAAUCAGAGCAAGCGUGAAUACAGGCUUUAGAAUUAGCAUGCUAACCUCUCAGGUCGAAUGUUUUUAUUUUUCCCAUCAGACACUUCAGUUUCAGGAGGAUGAUAUUUUUCAAGAUGGCUGCUGUUUUGAGCCUUUUAAGUAUUAUUACCAUUAAAUGUUCCCCAUUUUCAUGAUUUGGAUGAACUUUAUGUCUCAUCAUGUUUUCCACUUUGAAGACCUGUUUCAGCUCUAAAGUGAUAAAAUGUUCAGACUGAAGACUUUGCUGCUAGCGAGUCUCACACCAGGAAGGAGAUAAGGAUGAGAGGCUGGUGUCUUCAUAGUUAGCGUUAGCUUCUUCUAAUUGUUUUGUGUUUAUUGUUAGAAUAGCUAAGAUUCUUGUUUAGCCGUUUAGCGAUUAUUGGACCUAAUGUUUUGGUUAGCUGUGCCACCACUGGCAAGAACUACAGCUGGUUAUUUUCCAUUACAACCAGGGCAGCCAUUUUUAAAAAUGUCAAGGAAUUAUACAUGAUUUCCAUCCAUCCAUCAAAAUGAGUAGGUGAUGAUUAGACACCAAACACAUCUAGACCUUCAGUCUGACUCCAGAAAAACCAGCUGAUUGUCUAAACCAGGGGUCUCAAACUCCAGUCCUCGAGGGCCACAGUCCUGCAACUUCUAGAUGAGCCUCUGCUGCACCACACCUGAACAGAA